AUGGGCUCCAUGAUCCAACAAGAGCGCGUUUCGCGAGGCAAUGAGAUUGCGUCACAAGACUCGUGUUUAUUGUGGAUGAUGGGCUGUUCGCCACCCAAACAAACAGGAGGCUCAAAUUUGGGAAAGCUCCUUAAAGCUACCCCGAGUAAAGCUGAGCUUAGCACAUACACAGUGCCUGUGAACUUCUUCACCGCGACGCCGCCAGCAAGCGUGUCAUAUGCGUCGUCCGAUGAUGAGACGCCACUGUCAUCGAAGUCAGGCAUCACCACACCUCACAGCUUGUUGUUUCAAAACUCACAUGAUAAUCUUCCCUUUGAGACAGGGUUAGAAAGCACGACGCUUGGCUCAUCAUGGUCAUCGAGUUCUAAGUUUUGUGGCAGUUUCGAGUCCCAGGAGUCAGCGCCUACCUCAUGCGAGGAAGUAUCUCCAGAGUCGAAAGCAUCAAUCGACGGCUCUAUUCCUAGUGCGAGUACCAGUGCUACUGGCGAUAGUCUUGAGGCCCUUUGCGAACUGCUUCAGAGCCACAAACUUGGAUUUGAAGAGUCGAAUCAUCGUGCUGAGCCUCAGUCCAACCUCGGUCCCCGAUCUGAAUCUUGGCAAACAAUCCGUAUGAAGCAGAAGGAAGGAAGCGAUGAUGAAGCACCUUUUUCUAGCUCGUCAAGUACGCUCGGCCAAGAAGUGACUCCCUCGAACUGUGCAUCUGAUAUGUCACCCCCACCGAGCCCUUCGUCAAUGGGUCCACCUAGCCUCGAUCCUUUAGGACCUGAGGAUCUCUCGGCCUAUGUUUCAGGUAUUGGUCUCCCUAUCGACCCUGAUAUUGAGAUGAGUACGUUUGUACAAUUGCAGACAUUCCGUCACCAUACGCGCAGUCGAAGUGUGGGCCGCUUCGACUCACGACAUGAGAAAUCUAAAUGGCGCAGGCCGGACCGAUCAAAGAUGGACGAGCGAACAGCCAACAUGCUUGGACUUAGUCCGCGGAAGUUGCAGUCAAUGGCAUCACCUAGGCCCCCGCUCGCUUUGGUUCGUGACACCGAGCACAUUCCGGCCCUUGAUGGUCUUGGUAGUGCACUUUGCAAUCCUGGCUACGUUCUUCAUUCAAGAAAUUCCUCCGUCUCUUCGUUCUCUGAGACAUUUGAUGAUGAGCCUCCCGCUUCGCCCAUCUUGCGGACGCCAACAGAGGCACUCGAACCACUCCCUGAUGAUGGUGAUUUUAGCUUAUCUUUGAGCGAUGCCAGCGUGCCAGAUGAGCUCCCAAGUGAACAUGUCACUAUUGAGCAUUUACAACCGCUUGUCACGGAUACUCAACAACUCUGUAUGACUUCAGAAGAACCUCCACUUGCCGACUACACUCUCGGGGACAACCUGUCUAAGACGUCGUUGACGCGGUCAAGUUCCUUGGACUGUGAUGAUGACGUACCUGUCUCUCGGGGGAGGUGCACGUCAGUUAAGUCGAUCAAGUCCCCAAGUAGUCCGGUGGUGUCUGGCGCCAAGCUAGGUGUUUCGCAUCGGCGAUCAAACCGACGCCGAAAGAACGAAUCUUCUUCGGGUUCAUCUCAGACCCGACCCCAGGCUGGCUUGAAUUUGGAGUUGCGCUCUCGCGAAAAGGAGCGCAGCCUUGGCAAACAACGCGGUCGUGGUAAUGCCGUCAAGGUUGUUGCGUCUUCCUCAGACGAGUGCGCUGAGUCUACAUUGAAUCCAGCGCCUUGCGAUGACAUGAAGGGAUCGGACGAUGAAAGUGUUUUAGAUGUCGCGCAGGCUUUGCCUCGUUCGCGUUUGUUGAGCAACAGCUCACAUUUGUUAAUGCUUAGUCUCGAACUUGCUAUGAUUCACCACCACAAGAUCAAUGCCCCUUUGAAGCCACGUUGGGGUAGGAGGCGUGAUGACGACUUUCAGCCUCUUCCUGGCAUGAAUGCACGCAUCCAACGCUACAUGGCCGAAAGGAAGCUGAGGCAUGUGCCGUCUUCCGUCCGGACUUCCUCUAUGUACCAUUAUGUUGAUGAAUGUGGGUCUCGUCUUAAAUAUAAUUGGGACGCGCGCACGUAA